AUGGAGUAUACCAAGGGAAAAGUCCUUAGCGCUCAGAUUUCGCUGUGCAAUGCAAAAUCCGACUUGAAAGAGUCUGAGCGACAGCUAGAAAUUGCUAGAAAAGAAGUCAAAAAUGCAGAGGACGCAGUUAUUAAUGAAAGAAUGAAACAAAUAAGCGCUAAACUAUUUUUGAAAAAGGUCAAAAAACGAGUUCUUCUUGUCACCAGAGCUGCUGUAGAUGACUCAGACGAUGAACCUUCUCAUAAAAAGACAAAGCAAGAUAUGGAGAGCAAAUCACAGUGCAAGCUCUGUUUCUUCCCCUUCGACGACGAGCAUCCUGAAGCGGUCAUUAUCCCGUGCGCCCAUAAAUUUUGCUUCAAGUGCAUCUCCCAACUACCACAAAAAACUUGCCCAAGCUGCCGCUCCCCGUUCUCAGAAAAUAAUGUUUACAGAGUUUACUGA